AUGGAAAUGCAGUCCACUGGUGGCUUUAUUGCAGUGUCAAGAUAUGCCAGUGCAACUCCCUUGCGCCAUCUAUUCUCAGCCGUGAAUGAAGAAGAUGGAAUGCCCGAACCUGAAGUUGAAGGCAAGGCAGGACAGGAAAGUGAGGAUGAGCCAGAGGCUGUUGAUGGUAUUCAUGCAGAGAGCAGGGAGAAAAUUCAGUGUUCGCAAGAAAUUUGUAUUCACGAUCAAAGUGGAGGAAGUAAAUCACUUGGCAUCACAAAAGAUGAUAAGCAGCGACGUCUAGCUGCUGUAUUUCAUGAUAUUUUCGGGGACUCUGAUAAUGAAGUGCAUGACAGCAUAAAAGACGAUAAGCAACGUGCUAUUUGUGAUAAUUUUGGGGACUCUGAUAAUGAAGAAAAUGGCGGCACAAAAGAUGAUAAGCAACGUUCAACUGCUGUAAAUCGCGAUAUUUUUGAGGACUCUCAUAACAAGGAACAUGACAGCACAAAAUGCGAUAAACAUCAUUUAGCCAUUGUAACUCCUGAUAAUUUUGGGGAUUGUGAUAAAGGAGAACAAGCAGACCAUAUAGCUCAGAAUCAGAAUGAUGACAAUAGACGUCGCUUGGACAAGGGAAAAUUGGUGAAAGAACGGAGGCCUGAAUUUAGGGUACCUGAUGAAGAUGUGCCGUACGAAUAUGACCAAGAAUAUGCAGAUGCCGAACGAAAGGAAAAGGCCACUGCCCCUUCGCCGGUGUUAGAGAUUCCUCAGAUUUGUCCCUUAGCUGAUCCAGAUAGGAUGUAUAUGCUCAAACUCUCCAACUUAGUGGCCAUUGAUCCCAAGCCAUUUGAUCCAAGCACAUAUGUUGAACAGGACUUUUUUGGGAUAGACAAUUCUGGACGUAAAAGGCAUAUCCCUCUCCAAAAUAUCGUUCGCUGGAAGACUGUCAAAAGGCCUGAUGGCAGAACAUCUGGGCCAUUUCUGUCUGCAGUUGGGUUUCUAUUGAUAUCGAGAAUAGUGAUGUCCUGGGACCCUAAACUUCCAGUGGAAAAAUUCCCGUAUGUGAUUGCAUAUGCACCAACAGAGCCAUUUCUAGUUCAAACUCGGAAGGUGGUUCCUCCCAUUGGCGCUAUUGAUGUUACUCGGGUGGUCUGGUUUGGAUUAAUCAGUUCCUCAAUGAAAUUCUUGUUUGCCCUUAGGGUUGAGAGCAAUGCACGAUUGGUGACAUGGGAAGAUGGAAGCUUACAAUUGUUAAUUGGAGAACAAGCGUUUAUGGUGACUGAGCUAGACACAAGGGAAAAUCAGGCGCACCUUUUCCUGAGACAUAAAAAUGGCAUUCUCCAAUCACAAGGGAGAAUCUCAAAAAAACUGCAGUUUCUGCCGUCAUCUGAUUCUCAAUUCUCUGCUAUUCUUGAUGCAACAAGAAAUAAAAAUGUCAAAGUCAAAAGUUGCAAUGCUGAUGUCAUCUCUCAAUGGGAGUUGGGAAACAAAAGGAAGAUGGAGAAGCAGUCAAAUCAACCUAAUAAACGACUUGUUCAGAAGGGCAAAAGGAUUCACAAAUGUGCACAAAUUGUCAACCGGGAACAUCAAGCGCCACCAGGUUUGCUGAAGGAUCUAAGGGAUAAUGAACAAGAUUUUCAUGAACAACAGUCUGCUGCACAGCACUUCAAUGAAAAUAGAGAAAAUGAAGCUGGAGCAUCGGUCUUCACAUUUAAUGAAAAAAAGGGACCAAAAAGUCCUCUGAAAUUAUCGUUACCAGAUGCCAAAUCAUCUCAAGGUCUAAGGAGAGAAAGCAGAAAUGAGGAAGAGACUUAUGAAGAUUCAGAAGUGGAGGCUGAGGGGCUAAUGCAGAAGGUUGAGGAAUCUGGGAAAGGGUUGAAGCUGAGGAACAUUCCUGUUUUCCGAGGAAAACUAUGA